GCUAAUGGGCCAUCUCCUCCCGCUGCUUUUAAUAGUCAGCCCAAAUGAAAACAAUAAAAGCCUUUUUGUUUUGGUAAAUUAACGAUGUCCGCCCUGGUGUGAUCGUUUAUGUGUUAAAGUCUUUGUUUUAAAUAGAUUCACGUCUGAAGUGAAGCCUAGCAUUUUACACAGUUAGCAAGAGUUAGAGCGACUAGACAAGUUUUAACGGGCUGAAAGAAACGUUCCCGGUAGAUUUAUUUAAGAUGUCUAACAUCCAAAUACUGAGAUCUGUAGUGAACCAGAGGCUGAAUGCUGCUGUUGAAGAGGUUUUUGAGCUGUUUGAAAGAACGAUAGCGGAGUACGAGGAGAAACUGAGAGCAUCUAAAGAGGAAAACCAUCGACAACAGAAACUACUGGAUGCUGUUUUAACCCCGGAGAUUCAGCUCCACAGACCAGACGUCCAGCAGUUGAUGAUGAGAGAGGAAGUGUUUCUCUCUGAGCAGGAGGACAGGAGCUCCAACCUGGACCAGAGGAUCACCGUGCCUCUGCACAUUAAAGAGGAACAUGAAGACCUGCAGAGCAGUCAGGAAAGAGAGCAGCUUCCAGAAGCAGAGGAGGAUUUUAUCAACAUGUUGACAGUAACUUCUGUCCCUGUGAGGACUGAAGAAGAGGAUGGAGAGAAUCCUCAGACUUCACUGUCCUGUCAAUCCCAAAGAGAAGAGAACAGAGACACAAAGAUUGUGAAAACAGAAGCUGAUGGAGAGGACUGUGGAGGAUCAGCAGCAAACAAACACUUUAAUCCAGACAGUCAUUUACAAACUGUCACUCCUGGCAAAUUUUUACAUCUCACUGGAUCUGAGAAUAGUGGCAGUGCUGAUUUGAAGAAGAGCGGUGUCUCUCAGGGAGGUUUAAAUCCUCUGCAAAACAAAGACAUAGCUGUAAGUGUAAUGUUGAUUAACACUGGAAAUAUACCAGUUAGCUCCGCUGAAUGUGCUCCAAGCUUUGGACUAAAGACACAACUGCAGGGACACAGAGAAAUCAAAAAGGGUGAUAAACCAUUCAGCUGCUCAGUUUGUAAGAAAAGUUUUCAGUGGCGAGCAGAGAUCGUGAGGCACAUGAGGGUCCACACAGGAGAGAAACCGUUCAGCUGCUCAGUUUGUGGCAAAAGAUUUGCUCUUUUUGGAAAUCUGAGGCAACACGCCCCUAUCCACACGGGGGAGAAACCAUUUGGUUGCAGCGUGUGUCAUAGAAAAUUCACUUGGCAUGCGUCCUACAAAAAUCACAAGUGUGUUGUUAAGAGCAGCCAAACAUGAAAGAAACCUUCAGAUGCUCAUCAAAUGUCACCUUUAAGGUAAAGUGAUUGAGUAACACAGGUCUACUGCAAAGACUCCCUGGUAAGCAUCUAGUUGCAUAUUUUUUUCCUGCAGGGGCACCCUGGGGGGCAGAUUGACAGCAAAACUCUA